AUGAAGCACAAUACUCCCCUUCAAACACCGGUCGCUGUGCACCACAAAUCUAGCACUCUCUCAAGUCCCCAAGACAGCACCACCACCACCUCCUCCUCCUCCUCUUCCUCUAAUCCCAACCCCGACCCAGUAAUACCCGAACAAGACCUCGCCCCCAUCAAAGCCCGCGUAAAGGAGUACAUCCACCGACACACCCGCCAAACUCAUCAUGUCUACCACUUCUCCUUCUCCUGCUGCUCUUCUUCUUCUUCUUCUCAGUUAGACGAAGGUCCUGAAAAAGGCGAGCUCCACCAAACAGUACAAAUGCUCAGAAACGCUCAAAAAAUCAACUCCGACCUUUGGUACGUACACCGUUCACUGACCGACGAAAAGGGGGUUACCAAAAGCCAGCUACAUACCCAGCUUUUGCCUAAGCUCGAGCAGUGUCUGAAGGAGCUGGAUGAUGCGUUAUGGACUUUUGAUGGGUUGAAGAGACAGAUUGAGGUGACUAGAAGGAGUAGUGUGAGGUGUAGUGAAAGGGAAAGCGGAAGGGAAGAAGUAGACCGGGAGGUAAGCAAGAGCAAUGCGAAGCAGCAGAUGCAGCGACAAGCAUGGAAUAAGGCUAAAUCUUCGGCUUCGCAGUUGAUUAGGGGUAUUUUUGCCGUUUAG